AUGGCCAAGACAUACUCCGAGGUCUGUCCACAUGCCAGCUUGCUCAUCUUAGAUUCCGCCCAAUCCAUCGGAGGAACAUGGGCCAAAGAACGCCUAUACCCUGGCCUCAAGACAAACAACAUAAUCGGCUCAUAUGAGUUUGGCGAUUUCCCCAUGACACCCGAGAGAUUUGGUGUCAAGCCGGGACAGCAUAUCCCCGGCGCUGUGGUGCAUGAGUACCUGUGUCAGUUUGCAGAGCAGUUCGGGUUGGUUCCGUGCUUGAGGCUUCAGACCAAAGUCGAGUCGGCAGAACUGCAAGAGACCGGACAGUGGCUGCUCCGAGUGCGUGGACAAGCUGAGCACGAUGAAGCCCAAUGCCUAGAGGCUGAUCGGCUAGUCGUGGCUACGGGUUUGACCUCUGAGCCAUAUAUACCUCAGUAUGCUGGAAUUGAGACUUUCAAAGGGAAUUUCCUCCAUUCACGCCAGCUGAGGGAUCGUGCAGACGACGUCGAGACAUCAAAAGAGGUCGUGGUAGUUGGGGCAAACAAGUCGGCAUGGGACGUCUGUUAUUCGGCGGCGACGGCGGGAGCCCAUGUCAAUAUGGUGAUCAGACCACAAGGCGGCGGCCCAAGCUGGGUGUGGCCUGUCAUGUUCUCUCCUUUCAAGCUUUCCAUCCAAAGAAUGGCGACCACCAGAUUAUUCACCCUGUUUGAACCCUGCAUCUGGGCCGAGGGCAGCGGGUUCAACCUCGCCCGGAGAAUCCUGCACCGUACCUGGCUUGGUCGACAAUUGGUCAAGUUGUUCUGGAAGAUCCUGUCUCACCCCGUGCUCUCAGAAAACGGAUAUCACAAGCACCCAGAGCUGAAAAAAUUGAAGCCUUGGGCAUCAAUGUUCUGGAUGGGUAAUUCCUUAGGUGUUCACAAUUACGAAACGAACUGGUUCGAAUUGGUCAAGAGGGGGGGUAUAACCGUCCAUCUCGCUGACGUAAAGUCUCUGGCGGGUGAUGAGGUCCACCUUUCCAAUGGCGACAUCAUUCAUGCCGACACUUUCGUUUGUUGCACUGGAUGGAAGGUGGCUCCGCCGAUCAAGUUCAUGCCACCGAGCGCAGCAGCUCAACUCGGACUUCCAGGACAGGAACAGGUUGGGAUCGAGUGUCUCGUUAAGCAGGCGGAUGAGGAGAUUUUCAGAUUCAUACCAGGACUUCGCAAAGGCCCUCGAAAGGUUCUGCCGGAUGGAUUACCCUCCAUCAAUGUCUCGAGGGAAACCUCGACUCACAGUCCGUAUCGAUUGUAUCGUUUCAUGGUGCCGUCGGCAAAACCUUUUCUGGACAAACGUAACAUAGCUUUUAUCGGCGCCCACCUUGCUCUCAAUGCUAUCACCGUCGCGCAAGCUCAGGCCUUAUGGAUAACGGCAUUCUUCCAGCAACAGAUUCCGAGCUUGAAUGACUCGACAAUUAAUUACCAGGAUAUCGAAUAUCAAACGAUUCUCCAAACCGAAUACUGUCGGUUGAGGCACCCAUCUUCUGGAGGAGGUGCAGGAGAAAAAUGUCCAGAUCUCGUCUUCGAUGGCCUGCUGUACACAGACUUACUGCUCCGAGAUAUCGGCAUAGUGAACUUCCGAAAGAGUAGUAUAUGGGAGGAGUUGUUUGAUCGGUAUUUGCCUAAAGACUAUACUGGAAUGACAAAGGUAUUGAUUGAUCGAACGAGGGCUGACCAGCAAAAUCCCUUGAAGGACCCCAGAUGA